AUGCUCUAUUUGGUGUGUAUUGCCAGAGAGAGGUUUUUUUUUUUUGGUAGGGUGCAUGUGAUCAGUACAGGGCCAAUCACUGCUGUCCAGACAGAGGGUCAGGGGUUAUGCAGCCUCAUAGAACAGAGAAUGAAAACCCCUCCUACAAAAUUAACUAGUGUCGGUCGGACACUGAUAAUAGUUGCAAGACUGCUAAAUACUGAUGCUGUGAAAAGGUAUUUAGUAGUUUGUAUUUACCAAAAUAAUUUCAUUUCCAUGUUGUGUGUACUGUGGGAGACCAGAUAUAGUGAAUGCAGGGUCCUGGGGAUA